AAGGUAGUUCUUAGAAAUGCUGCACACAUCUACAGUAUGAUGUCCCCCCCAAAAAAUGUUGCCUAUAUAGGGAGCUCACAAGGUUGAGACACAGCCUAUGACAUUCUCCUUCAGAAGUGUUUAGAAAGGCUCACACACACACUGCAGUGAAGUUGAGAUGCUCACCUCCUGCUGUUUAUAUUUUCACUGACAUUCCAACAGAAGACAGCUGCAGGUAACAUCAUUUCACUGUUUAAAGAGUUUAUCUGCGGAUUUAAGCAAAAUCAAAACGUCUUUAUGUUUCAAAACAGGCUGGAUUUCUCUAUGUGACUUCAAUCAACUCUUUUAAACGCGUUUUUCCCGCUUGAGUCAUAAUUGAAAUUAUUUUUUUAUUUAGGUAGAUAAAUGAUUUAACAAUGUCAACACCAAAAAAGACGCUAUUGCUGCUGGUGUAUGUAUUAUGUACGUUUCGUUCUGCGCGCUCGGGGGACUCUGGAGACACCAGACCCUGCUCCGGAUCACACUGUCCGGGAGGCAGAUCGCCCAGACCACCGCGACAACACAAUCCGACAACACAGAGCAGAUCAAUAAAUCAACAUCAUGCUCCCUUCAGCUUUCCAUCUGAACAUCACGCAACGUUUCUGUCCCAGCGUGGGCGGUCUGGAGACCAGACAAGGGAAACCGUCCAGACGCGCGUCGCUGGAGUUUUUGAUCCUGUGUGCGCAGAUUGCGUUACGCCUCACGGACCAGAUCAUGUUAUCAACGACACGAGAGAAUGUAAAGGAAUUGAGUGCCGUCUGCCGCUGAGGAUACGACAGAAGCCUAGAUCGAGACCCUGUGCUGGAGACGGGUGUGUACCCGAGCCCAGCCAACCUCCCCUCAUCCAUGUGGCAGACAGAGCCGCUCAGUUUCUGGGGGAAUUUCCGGACAUUGGAUAUCCCGCAUCCGAGGUCGGGGCUCCUCUGGGAGUUCAACUCACUUGUGACAUCAAACCAGGAGAGAAUGAGGUCCCUGCCGAGGACGCACUUAUCCUACACCUACAGCUGGCAAAGGGACAAGAGAAGCUGGUGGAGGCUUUGAGAGCUCAGCAAGUGGUGAUCCGUGAUCUGCAGCAGAGACUGGUUGAACAGCAGGGGGCCCUCCUCUCCCAGCAGCGCGAGAUAAUCAGCCAGCAGCGGCGCAUGUUCGAGCAGAUGGAUGUGGUGAAGGCUCAAUACGGUCUGCUUUCUGAGACGGUCAAGCAAGUCUCUUUCCAAGGUCUGCAGGGAGAACUGCAAAGCUAUUUUGAAAGCCACCUGGCCGAUCUUCAGAACCAAGCACGUAGCCAUCUGCAAAAGUCCUAUGCUGUGCAUAAGGUAGAUAUGGACGCCAAAGUGAUGAAUGUAGUUGGGGAUGCAGGGCACCCAUUGUUGGGCUGUCAAAUUGCUUGUGGACCUGAAGAAUACUGUGACUUCCAAAAGGAUCCACCGCAGUGUGAAAGGUGCACUAUAUGCCCCCCUGGAUUCUUCCUGGUAUCACAGUGCUCGCCCACUGCUGAUAGGAUGUGCCAGGUGACACUGUGGCAGAAAUUGCAUUAUGCAUGCAAUACAUAAGAUUUCAGUAAAGAGCAAGCAAAGGUGUAUGUCUUAAUCUUUAACAUGUCUUUGAGUAACAAAUAUCUAUCAACAGGACAGGGAUGAAUGCCUCGAAUUACCGAGCUUGUGUGGGGAGCGAGUAAAAUGUCUCAAUACCCCAGGAGGGUUUCGUUGCCUCGGUGUCUCUGAGAGGGAGAUUUCUGCAGGGCUGUGUGGUCAUGAGUACUUCUACAAUCAGGAACUUCAGGAGUGCCAGGCUUGCUCAGACUGUGAUGGUGAGCCUGUUGGCAUUCCCUGCACUUCCACCAGUGAUGCUGUAUGUGGAACUGUGUCUGAGAACAUACUCUCACAGUCUUGGGCUGCUUCGAUUGCCAUACCACCAACAAAAUCGAAGAGUACUUCUAUCUAUCCUGGGCUACAGCUUAAUAUUCGUGGCAAAGAAGAAAACAACCUGUUGACCAACCAUGAUGAUUACCUCAAUCUCCAACAACAUGGACUGGUCUGGAUAGACUACAACUUUGCACUAAAGCACAGCUGCAGGAACUUUCUCCAGGUCGGGAUACGGAUAAACGGCAGUGAAGAGGAGGGUCGAGACCUUAGCGGGGUUCGAAUUGAGCAACCAGAAAGAAAGUUCUUCCAGGGUGUGACUGUUAGUGCAGCAGUUGAGGUGGAACCCAACCAUACACUGACACUCGUGCUGAAGAGCCCCAACCAAUACUGCAACCAGAGUAAAGAUAUUCAAGUCUAUGAGCUUGGAGGGGCUUCGUUUAGCUUGCUGUGGCUAUCCCAUGACACUGGCGCUGUGGCCAUGACUGCUCAGAUGUCAACAGCAGCCCACUACCAGAGUAACUAUCGCCCAACCUUCCGUAUAGCCGCUGUCUCUGAUCCCUACAUAGUGGCACUGACCCAUGACAGCCGUGGGGUGCGUUUCAUGGAGAGUGGCGUGGUGAAGUUUGUGCUCCAGCAGGCUAUCUAUUCCAUGGGUCAUGCUUGUGUUCGAGAAGGGUUCUCACUGAUUGCCUACGUCAACCGAAAUGGCACUGACCAGGAGGUACUACGCUCCUUUAAGUCUGGUGUUAACUACAGGGAUACUUCCAUCACUCUUUCUGGAGCCACAAGUGUAGACAGAGAAGACUGGCUCAAUUUUGAGAUUGUUGCUCCAUCUCAGUGCAAUGUCCGCUACUUUGGCGAUAGUUCUGGGAUUAGUAUGCUGAGCUUGAUCUGGAUCCCCACCACUGUCUCCUCUACAUUCACAGCCACUGUCUCAAGAACAGGUCUACCCUCUGGGGCAGUGCGAAAUAAACCCCUGCUCUUCAGGCAGAUGAGCCCGAAUACAGACCAAAUGCGGCUAGCUGGUUCAGGUGAAACACAUGCCCAGAGGAACUUUGUGUUUUCUGAGCCUGGGACGGUCAGCGUGGCUCUCAACCUAAAGCUGAUCCACUCCUGCAGUGUGGUGAAACUGACCCUUUACCGGCAAGGUAAGGAUGGAGGUCAGGCCACAUCCUUGGCCCAGCAGGUGGGUGGACAUAUGCCUGAAGGUAGUGAGUGGGCCAGCGUGGGGCUGAGAACUUCAUUUGAAGUGAAGAAUGGUACUGCUAUCUAUGUUUCUUUGGAUUGCGUUCGUGGGCGGAUUAACCAGAUCACCCAUGAGGGAGGCACCAACAUCUCCAUUCUUUGGUUGGCAUCAUGAUCCCAAAUAUGCAGAUCUAUGGUUUUGUAAUUAACUAAAAAAAAAAAAAAAAAUACUUUUGAAAAAUUGGUGCUUUCAUAAGGUGCAGUCACACAAAGUAGAAACAAUACAGGUUCAUUUUUAAUAGCUGACAUGCACAGGUGCUAUUAAUACUCCUCUGGUAUUCAGAUUCUAUGUUUAUUGGAAUUAUGAAUGAAUGUAUUGUACUGUAACAAUUCAGUUACAGAAAUUGAAAUAUGAACAUGUUUUUUUUUUGUUUUGUUUUUUCCUUGGCUGGAACAAUGACCUUAAAAAAGUACUUUUUAAGUGCUUUGGCUGGUUGAGCAAUGACCAAUUUUUCCCAAGAGAGUUAAUGUUUUUCAUAUCUGUUUGAUUUGGAAUCAGUUUAAAUUUGUGCAAACAGUAUUUACGCGUGUUUGUUAAAGAAUGUGAUUUUUUUUAAGUGUAUUUGCGAGCUGAUGUGAUGGAUUUGCUGCACUUUAUCAUAAUGAAGUGCAGAAUGUUGUACAGUGCACAUUUUUUGUGUUUGUCUUUUUAAAACAAUUGGGAUUCAAAUAAUAUAGCUUAAUCUAUAUGAAAGAUAUCAAUGCAUUAUUGACUUGUAUUUUUUGUUUUAAUAUUUUAUCAUAGAAAUAAUGAAAUGCAUCUUUCAGAUCAUGAAUAUUUAUAUUUAGUACUAUGAAUGAUUACUGCUGACUGUUAUGUCCUCUCAUUGUAAUUUAUAUGAAAAAAAAAAUACAAAACAGACACAAAUUUCUCCUAAGUUACAGUGUAGUGUUAUUAACUGUAAGUGGCAUAUGUCUUCUAUUACUCUAAAUACUGUUGCCAUGUGCUGCCUUUGCAUACCAUGUUUAAUUGCUUCUGUAUGUGCUCAAACUACAGAUCACAAACAGUGAAGUGAACAAACAUUUGGCAACAUUAAUGCCAUGUCUGCUUUGGACUAGUGCAUUUUGAUGCAACGACUGGUAAUUCAUUUACUGGAGACAUGAUGUAGUGUAAUCUUUUAUAAAACAAAAUUAAAGUCAUAACUAUUUUGCCAAAGAACAGAAUAUGCUUUUUAUUAUUUUAUUAAAAAAAAGCUUUUUGGUGAUGCCUGGAUUUAUAAAAAUACUACCUAUGGACUAAAAUCUGUAAUAUUCUUAAAAAAAAAAAAAUUCUUAGAAAAAUCUAGAACAUGUUACAUGUGGUUGUUAUUGGUAUUGUACUAGUACACUGGUUGCUUUGUAAAUGCAAAUAAAAUAUAUUUACCAGUU